UCCAUACCUACGCUUCCAAUCAAUUACACACCUCUUCGCAACCCAUCUAUCAACAUGCCUCGCAACAACCGUGGAUCCGCAGCCCCCCCAAGGCGCCCUACCGCCGCCCCUGCCCGUCCUGCGCCACCCACUCCCCAGCAGGCCCGCUCUGCUUCCACUGCUGCCCACCCUCCUCAGCACCAGGCUCCUCACCCUCCUGCCGCCGCUGCUCCCCAGCAGAGCGCUGGUCCCGGUCUCUUUGGCCAGAUGGCCAGCACCGCUGCCGGUGUUGCCGUCGGUUCCUCUAUUGGCCACGCUAUCGGUGGCUUUUUCGGUGGCGGCUCAUCUGCUCCCGUCGAGCAACAAGCCCAGGCUCCUGCAAACCCUGCCGACAACAGCACCUACACCUCGUCCAACUACCAGGCUCCCAGAGCCUGUGAGACCGACGUUACCAACUUCCGUCGUUGCAUGGACGAGAACCAGGGCAGCUUGAACAUCUGUGGUUGGUAUCUUGAUCAGCUGAAAGCCUGCCAAUCGGCUGCCUCUCAAUACUAGAGAUGGUGCUCCCGUCAUACCCUAUCCUGUUCUGUACAAUACCACAUGAAUUACGUUAGUUUGUCAUUUCACCACUCUUCAUCUUCUUUUACUCUGUAGAAAGAUUGUAUCAUCAUCUAUCACUCAUUCGCACACG